AUGUUUAAUUCAAAAACAGUUUUGUUUUAUGCAUUAAUUGCAUUAUAUCUAAAGGGAUCCCAGGCUCGAUCCCACGACAGUCCCAGCUCCGUAUGUCUUUUGGAAGACGCACCUAUACAGUGCGGCGAGUUUGUCCUUGCCAAUUUGACACCACUCUUCCAACACAUCAAGGAUCUGCAGCACUUUAAUAGCUCCCACGUGAUCCAGGCGAAACUUGCCCGAUUGGAAGUCCAGCAGUCGGCACUGAAGCAAAGCUUCGAGGGUAGUCUGGAGUGGAUGAAAAAUCAUCAAAGCGAUUCACAGGAAACUUUACAGGAAACGGUGGCGACCAGACUCGACAGGAUUGAAGGCCUACUCGAGAAACUGGCUGGAAAAUUAGGAGCUACAUAA